AGCUCGGAGAGGGAGAAGAGGAGGGGGUGCUGUGCUCUGCUCACCCCCCUUCCAGGUCCCCCAGUGUGAGGAGCGGAGAGCAGAGGAGGAGAUGCUGCCAUCACACUCUCAUCACACUCCAGCCGUCACCGGGACACCACUGCAGGACAGCCGCAUCGCUAUGUGACUCCACAUCCGCACCGAGACAUGACCCCUCAGUCAGUGGAGGAUUGCCUACAGAGCACUCUGUCAUCCCUGUACCCUCCCUUUGAAGUAACAGCUCCAACUCUCCUGACCCAAGUGUUCUCUGUACUAGAGAGGACUUAUCGUGAGGAUCCUCUCAGAUAUACCCUUGAAUUUCUUAUACCAGCCAAGAGAAUUCUGCAAAAUGUACAGCAUCAGGCAUGUUCUCAGUACAGUGGGUUUCUCUUCUUUCAUGAAGGCUGGCCGCUUAGCCUUGGCGAGAAGAUCCUCAUUCAACUGUCUUCCCUCCCUUGGCACUUUCUAAAAAAUGGGGAUUUUUACUUGCAAGUGGUGCCAUACUUGGAAUGCUCUCCAAGACUUGUACUGAAGUGCCUUUCUCAAGAUGAAAGUGGUGUUCAGGAGAUUGUGGUGCCUGAAUCUUCUCAUUCAUUUCUCUUCUCUGCUGAAUGGCUGAACAGUAUCAAUAAAGACCGUAGCACAGCACGUCUUGAGAACUGUCUAGCAGCCGUGGAGGAAAAAGUCCUUCGAAUACCAUGGUCUGAAAUAAUUUAUCCUCGUUUCAUUCACAAAGAAGGUUUCAUUGUGGGAAGGAGAUGCACUCCAGGGCCUCUAAUGCCACCUCUAGAAUACCGAAGCCCCGGUGAUGGAGGGAUUGCCAUAGGAGAUUUGGUGGACCCCAAAAUUGGUGCUCAAUUGUCAUUUUCAAAUAAUCAAAAUGAGACUGUUAGCUGGAGGGAAGGUGCUAUCUCACCCGUGCUGGGUUCUCUCUCUGGCUCAGUGACAGACUCGGUAGAGGGAGAGUAUGUGGAACUCAGCCCACCACAUGCAGAAUUAGUAGGCAAAGUUGAGAGUCUCAGAGACACAUGGGCAUCACGAGCUAAGACUGCUCCAAAUAGAAAAGGUAAAAACAAAGGACACCAGGCAUGGUUGCAUCAGAAGAAGCCAGGAAAGGUAGGUUCUUUGAGCACUUUAAAGGGAAGAUCUAAAGAGAUAUGGGAAGACAGAUUUUGCACAGGAGAAGCUGGAGACCAUACAAAGUCUGCAGCAGAGUGUCAGAAUUACUGGGAUGUUGAGACAACAAGUUAUUCCAAUGAGAAUGAUGUGUUGGCUGAAUGGAGAAAAGGUUUGGAUCUCCUUCAGAGACAAGAGAGAGACAUAAUUCCUGAAAAACAGGUUUGGGGUUCUUCUGAGAGACAGCGAUGGGAUGAUAAAGACUGUUCAGAGGCAAACAGGGCACCUUGCUGGGUUCCUGAGAGAUCUGUCAGCAGAACGGGUUCUCAGGAAGAAGACAAUUUAUCAGAGACUCUUAAAGAAUGCUCUUUACAGGUUGAUAGCCUUAAGGAAAAAGAGAAAUUGGUUUCUAUAGAAGGCACUGGACAUAUAUCUGAUUGCCAAAGAAUUGAAUCUGGAGACAGCUUGCAACUAUCUGGAGAACACCAAACAGAAACAUCUACAAAUAAUAGUACCAUUUCUAUAGGUAGUUGUCAAAGUGAAUCCCAGCUGGACUUUACAAAACAGUCACCUAAAGAAGAUAAACAGACACUGGACACACUACAAGAAGUCUGUAAUUCAAGAGAAUCUUCACUGACCAGGAAAGGCAGAACAUGGGCAGAUGGCCAGGAAACAUCAAAGAUACAAAACGAAGGGAACAUUGCAGCAGAAGACGUUGAGGUUCCAUCUAAUGAACCAAAAAAACACCUAGAAAAAGGAAAACAUGCAGUUUGGAGUCAGGUUGCUGAUUUGUCCCAUAAGACUGGAAGAGGGAGGAGGAAAAAGAGAAACAAGAGGGGAAGGGGACCCAUAAGGACUGAGGCAAAGAAAGCAACUCAUAAGAUUGCACAGAAUAAAACCGAUUCCAAGCAAGAAGGACCCAAACUUGAAACUGCAUCCAAAGAAAAUUCAGCUGAAGUAGAAGAAUCAACUAGCUUGGUAGAUAAAGAACCAGAUCCAUCUCCUUUCCAGAAACCUUUGGCACAGCCGCCUCUUAUUUUAGAUUACAAAUGUCUGCACAAAAAUGUAAACUGGGAUAUAUUGGAAUCUGAAGUCUUCUGUCUGACUGAGCACUGUUAA